AUGCUGCGGCGACUUGUGGGCGGUCGGGCAUCGCGAGGGGGAUCCAUCAUGAGCCUCUGUGCAUCUCACUUCUCUCUCUCAUCGACCUCGUCUCCACUGCAGGCCUCUCAACCAUCUCCAUGCCACACGUCGAUGCGCGCCAUUGGUACUGCGAUGCCCGGCGCGAUGCACCAGCCCGGGGAGUCGGGGCAGGCGGCUGGGUCGAGUACCACGAUCGCCGGGAAGGAGACAUGGGGGCAGUUCAGUGCCAAGAUGCGUCAUGGCCGCCGCCGCAUCCGCGUCAUCGACAUUGCGGCGAAGAUGUCCUAUGAAUACCAGAUGCUGAAGAAGAUGUGUAAGCGGCGCCCCGCCAUGCGGCAGUGGGCGGUGCGCGACGACUAUUGCGACAUGAGCCCCGGUGUGGUCGUCAUGUCGCCCUCUAUGCAGGCUGCCUUCAUGAAGGUGUUUCGGCUAAAGGACAAGGGUCUCAUUCGCCAGUGCCUGCGCGAUAUCAUCCCAAUCAUCGAGUACCGCAACCGCGAGGAGCGACCGCCCGCAAUGCGCGAUAAACCGUCCGACAUGAUCCCCGAAGGCGAACCCGACACACUCAACCAAAAGAAGCGCGAGCUUUUCGAGCGCAAGGAGACGGGCGAGAACUUCAAGCCACUCUACCUGCACGACAAGCGCUCGCAAGCGAAGCUGCGCUUCAAGAUUCGGCAGCGGCUCAUCAAGUUCCAGCGACAGCUCGCCAUCGCGAACGCUGUGGCGAGCCGCACCGUUCUCUACUCGACGGAUGACGCGAUCGGCUACUUUCUCUUCCGCGGCGCUGCCAUGUACGCCGGAAUGCACCGCGUUUUCUUUGAGCUGAGCAAGCAGCUUCCGCAUUUUGUGCCGAAGAGCAUGCUGGACUUUGGCGCCGGCACCGGCACGGCCAUUCUCGUAGCGAAGGAGGUGUACGACCCCGGCGCCCUCGCCUACCCGCUUUACCGUUCCAUGCGGCAGACCAUGACUGGGAACGUGAGUGCGCAGGCGCAGCAGCUGCGUGAGCUGCGCUACGACCUCCGACGCCUUAGCCGAAACAACACGGAGCAGAGGAAGGCCCGCUUCAUGGCGGUGGCGGCACUGCUGGAGCGUGGCGAGGUUGACCCGGCCGAUUUGCCGGCCGACCUUCGCCGCGAGAUCGCGCAGGUCGCGGCCAACGCUGCAGCGAACAAAAAGCGCCGUCUCAUCAGCGAGUCGCACGCCCGUUACCGCGAAGUCGUCGACGGCACCGAGUGGGAAGACGGCGAUCCGCUCGGCGAGAAGAAGAGCAUGGCAGAAGACCCAAGCGACGUGCUCGACGGCGAGGAGGACGGUGACGGCAGCGCUGACGGGGCGGCGGCAGCGGAGCGGACGUGGUGGGAGAAGCUGGUCGACAUGGAGAACGCCACCGCACAGGAGCGGGCGAGCCGGCGGCUGCAGCCGCUGCAGGAGGUCACGGCGAUCGAGCCCAGCCCAGGCAUGAUGGAGAUUGGCACGAUGGUGCUCCACGAUGACAUCCCUAACGUAGCAUGGAAGCGGUACCUGCUGCCGGAGGACGAAGCCAUCCAGCACGAUCUCGUGGUGGCUGCCUACUCCCUCAGUGAAGUCGCAGAGUCGGCUAACCGGACGCGGCUCGUGCAGCAGCUGUGGAAGAUGACACGCGGCGUACUCGUGCUUGUCGAAUUCUCGAACCUGCACAACUUCAACCUCCUGAUGGAGGCCCGCGACACGAUCCUGGAAGAAAAGGGCAUUGGCCUGUGGGACUGGCAGCCGACCAUUGUAGGCCCGUGCCCGCACGAGCAGCGCUGUCCGCUGCGCCACUGCAAGGCGGGUGUGAAGAGCAAGCGGAUGCGCCUCUGUACGACCGAGGCACAGUACCGUGCCACCUUCAUCGAUGUCUGGGCACGGCACAUGCCGCUGAAGGUGGGAAUCGAGCCGAUCUCUUACAUGAUCUUUGCCCGCAACGAGCUCGUGCCGGAGCGGGCGGAGCGGCGUGAGGCGCAGGUGAAGCGGGAGGAGGCGGAGCGGGUUCAGGCACGAGAUGCGAAGCAGCGAGAGCUCUACGCGGCCUCGCUGUCGUUGAAGGACGUCGUCUUCGAUCGAUUGAGUGACGAGGCGCUGCACCGACCCUCGACCGGCGUGCCGGUGAAGUUGUCGGGCACAGCGACCGCAGAUGACGUGGCUCCUUCGUCGACACCUACGCAGGCGUUGCAAAGCGGUGUCACCAACACCGCGGAGGUGGGCCAGCUGCCCUUGGCCGUCCCCCGCGUAGCCCAGACCUCUGCGCAGCGGUACAACAAGCUUGUCUACCCGCUCCAGUUUCCACCAGCAACGCACCGGUACAACCGCGCGUUCGUUGACGCUGGGUAUCAGCGGCAGCGCGCCAUCACGCCUUCCGAGAUGCUGGUCGUUCGCGAGGAGUUGGAGGACAUGCGGCGCCGAGUAAUGCGGGCAAGCCCGUCAUACCUGCGCGUGGUGCGCGACCCUACGUGCCGGGGCAAGAUCCAGGCGUGCUUCUGCACACCGGAUGGCGACCUCAUCACCGCCCGCGUCUACCGCCGCUUCUAUGGCGACCACAGCAACGUCCGCCGCCACACGACGAUGCGCUGGCAGCACAUUGGCGGCUGGAAGCUGCUGAAGCGCAUCCGCAGUGGCUCCCUCUUCCCACACGACCUGCCGCUCUACGCGGUGAAUCGGCACCCCCAGGUGGACUUCCCGAACACCCUCGUCGGCGUGAAGCACUCCGCGGUGGAGAAGACGGCGAUGCAGUACAACGACCCGAUGUCGCUGAUGGAGACUCCAGAGGAUGAGCUCUCGCGCGAGGAGGUGAAGCAGAAGCGCCGCCUGCUGCGCGACGAGGAGGCGCACAAGAAGGCAGAGGCGAAACUUGAAGAGGUCCUGGGCACCAAGAUUCAAGACGCCUCGCUGGAGGGUCGCAUUGACGCUCGCCGCCGCAUCUCGGCCGAGGAGUGGGCCAAAGCGGUGCGCCAUGCGAAGCAAAAGACGGUGCGGCACACGCAGCAGACGAUCCCGAACGCAGCCAAGAUGCGCGCGCUGAAGCGAACGCUCGAGGUACGGCACCGCAAUGUGUGGCGAGAGAUGAAGCAAAAUCGUCGACGUUGA